UUUGUACCAAAUUUGUAUCUUUGUGGCUGCUACCAAUGUGAAAAACAUUGGUUGCUACCAUGUGAAAUGUAUGGUCAAAGGAAGAAGAAAAAUACUUUGAAUAAUAUUAAAAUGUUCAAAAGACACUUACAAUCUGUAAUCUGGUUAGAGAUGAAAAAAUAGUGCUCUUUUAGAGGAGGUAAAGAGGCUCAACAAAUUCCAGUUUUCUCUUGCACACAAGUAACAUUGAGACGGGCAACUUUUGGACAGUAAAUUAGGUUUUGCUUUCUCCUGUCUCAUAUAUUGUUUUUGCACUUGGUACAGAACAGCCACCCCGUUACGCCAUAAAAGGAUUUCUUGACAUGUUCAACAGAUGUGAAGGGUUUAUGUAGCAUCUUGCUUUGAUGAAUUAACAUAUUUAUAUGAUCAAUUUCAAUCCAAGGCCUAGUUUAACUCUGUUAAUAAUUUUCCUUUACCCAGCCAUUUUUAGCUUAGAUACCUGUUAAAAUUGAGUAAUAAGACCUCCUUCUAUCAUGUUAAUUGUUACAUGUAUAAAAUAUAUAUAAUUUGUUUUCUAUUUGUCCUCCAUGUAGGUACCCCGGGAUGUCUGAGGAGGACUUCCUAAAAGCUUGCCCUGUAUGUCGUAACAUUUGCAACUGCAUAGCAUGCUUGCGGUUAGAUGGGUUAGCUAAACAUUUGAUGUAUGUAGAAGUGAAGUUCGGUGAUGAAGAAAAACUCGAGUACGCUAAGCACAUUGUACAAGCACUUUUGCCUGCUUUGGAACAAUUUAAUACCGAACAAAUGAUUGAAAAGCAGAUUGAAUAUCAGAUUCAAGCAUUGCCAGAUUCAAAGGUUAAUAUACAAAAAGCAAAAUAUGAGAAGGAUGAGCGCAUUUAUUGCAACUAUUGCAAUGCUUUUAUUGUUGAUUUUCACCGGAGUUGUUCUAUCUGUUCCUAUGAACUUUGCCUUACUUGUUGCAAAGACUUAAGGUAUGGCAACCUGCAAGCAGAUGCAUUCGAAGUGAGGAUGCAGUAUAUUGACUAUGGACCAGGUUAUUUGCAUGGUAAAGGUUGCAGCAUAACUUCUUCAGCUAAGAACGGAACUACUGAAGCUAAAAUAAGGGAUCAAACAAAGGUGGUAAUGGCAUCUAAAUGGAAACCCAAAGAAGAUGGUACUAUUCCUUGCCCACCCAAAAUAUAUGGGAGGCUGUAAGGAACCUUAAAUUUGAGACGUAUAUUUUUUGAGAAUUGGAUAUCACAGCUGUUACUGAAAGCUAAAGAAAUAGCAGAAAAAUGUAAAUUGAAGGAAAUGCACAAUGAUUCAGAACUGCGCUUCUCCUGUUCAAAAUCUAAGGGUGCAAAUGGUGGCAAGCUACGUAAAGCAGCUGCUAGAGAAAAUUCUGAUUAUAACUAUGUAUUCUGUCCAGCAGUUGUGGAUACUCGGCGUGCAAAUUUUACUCAGUAAAUAUUUCGGUAAUAUUCAUUAAAAUCUUUUGAGGUAACUUUUUUAACUACAAUUAGUAUACCAUCUUUCCCUCAAAAUAACAAUAAUAAUAACAAUGAAAGUAAUAAUACCGUUAACUAAUCCUAUCUAAAUUAUCAUAGUUAAAUUAACCCUUAGGUAAAUAAAAAUUGUAUCAAGAUUUAACUAGGGAAAAGUUAGAUUAAUGCCCAAGAAAUUUAAU